GGCCGUUUGACAUUUCAACAAUGAAGAGAAAUUUAAUUGCAAAAUCGUAUUCAAGUUAAUAUUUACUUAAAAUUACACAGUGUUUUAUUGAAUCUACAUUUGAAAACUAUUUAUAUCACAUUCUAGAAAACCUAUCUAUUUACCAUGGUGGAUCCUCAUCGCAAAAUCAACAACCUAACAGAAGAGCACAGAGCCUUCCUAGCCGAAUGUGAGCAAGAAUUUGCAGACAGAUACACAGAAAAUGAUCCCGAAUUCAAAACCUAUCUCGAAAAGAAACCAAGUGUGCCCCCCAUAGUCGACCCAUGGCAAGGGUCUCAGAAAAGGACAUACGACAACCAUCGAGGAGGCAGAGGCAGGGGCUAUUUCAGACACCGAGGAGGUGGUGGAAGAUAUAAUAAUAAUAGAGACGGUGGUGGAGGUGUUUAUCAUAGACAGAAUAAUUAUCAAGGCGAUAAUUAUAAUAAUCACAGAGGCGGCGGCGGUGGUGGUUUUGGUGGUUAUUAUAGAAGGAAUCCCCAUGGUAAUAAGUUUUAUGGGGAUCGUAAUAGACCUUAUUGAAAGGUGUUGUGAUUUGUUUGUAAUUUUGUAGAUUAAUUUUGGUUUG